AUGAAGAUGAUCGCUCACGUGAUAGGGUUCUCGGUUGCAUUCUUGGGUGUUUUGGGACUACCGUUCGAGAAGACUGUGAAGAUUCAUCGUUUUGUUAAUUGUCCUCAACACAGAAAUUCUCCUAUGCUUGUUGAUGGGACACAGUUUACACAAAAUCGUAGGGUCUACUACAUUGGCACACGAAUUAUCGUUAAAAGAGAUAUCCAACCGAACGUAAAGCUUGUUCUCCAAUUUGAACGUUGCAAGUCCAAAGAAAGCCUAGACUCCUGCGAACCUUACCAAGACGUCACCAUUAAAGAUAUUUGUAGAUUGGCGGGUGAAAAGAGCAAACCUUGGACCGGAUUUGUGAACAAUAUGGAACCGGCCCUCAACUGCCCCUACAAGAAAGGGGUGUACACUUGCAAAAAUGCAACUAUUGACGGGGGCGCUUUAAGCGUCCUUCCAAUUUCAGGAUGGUUUUGGAAAGUUAAUAUACUGCUACUUGAAUCAGAGGCUAAUACAAGCAAUCCCGCAAUGUGUAUCUAUGCAGAAGGUGAAAUUGUCAAUGUGUGA